AAAAGUAAAUACCCACAUUUCCCUUUGUUUCUUUUUCCUUCUUCAUUAAACCCCCUCUUGCUCUCUUCAUCUUUCCUUCCACCCACACAGAGAACCAGCCACCAUAGUCAACCGCGGCUGCCGACCACCAGCUGAACGCCACCAGCCACCUCAGCAUACCGCCACCCCUCCACCGCUGGCAGCAGCAGUGCCCAGCAGCCGCAGGGGCCCCUCUACGCGCGCCUCUUCUAUCUUUUCCCCAUUUGGAAGUAUAUUUAGUUUCCAGUUGCUGGAAAAAAAAAUCAGAAAUGGGAAGUUUUGGUGCCAUAAUUCCAGUUACUUCACCUCUUCAUCUCAAGGAAUUAUGUCCUAGAAUCAAAGGUUUAACCUUUCAUUAUCAGCAGAAAAGAAGACAUGAAAGACUUGGAAAACAGCUAGGGGUUGUUGCGUACUACGGGCUGAAAGAGCCUCCUUAUAACCUUGAUGCUUUAGAACCAUAUAUGAGCAAGAAAACACUCGAGUCACAUUGGGGAGACCAUCAUAGAGGUUACCUAGAAGCAUUGAAUGGACAUUUAAGUAGGAGUGAUAUACUAUAUGGCUAUACUAUGGAUGAGCUCGUGAAAGUAACAUACAAUUAUGGAAACCCUUUACCAGAAUUCAAUGAUGCUGCACAGGUUUGGAAUCACGACUUUUUCUGGGAGUCGAUGCAACCUGGAGGUGGGGAUUCGCCGAAACUUGGUCUUCUUCUACAGAUAGAAAAAGAUUUUGGUUCUUUUGCAAACUUUAAAGAGAAAUUUGUAGAGGCAGCUAUGACUCUCUUUGGUUCUGGUUGGGUUUGGCUUGUUUUGAAGAGGAAGGAGAAACAGCUUGCAGUGGUCAAGACAUCAAAUGCCAUCACUCCUAUUGUUUGGGAUGAUAUUCCAAUUUUAUGCUUGGAUAUGUGGGAGCAUGCUUACUACAUGGAUUAUAAGAAUGACAGAGCGACUUAUGUAAAUAAUUUUAUGAACCAUCUUGUAUCAUGGCAUUCCGCAACAUCACGCCUUGUUCGAGCACAGGCCUUUGUGAAUCUUGGAGAGCCUAAAAUUCCAGUUGCUUGAAAUGCUAUUUGGUACAAUCUUACCGGAUGUAUGUUGUACUUACUACUUACCCUUUGCAUCAACGAGGGAAUCCCCAUUCAUUUCCAAGGCAAUCAAACCAAAUUAGAUAGAUUAUAAGGUCCAUAUUAUUAGUCACUUACAUUUGCUUUCUUGUUAAGUUUGAUUGAGAAGAAAUCAAAUAAAUUUGGAAAAAUUACAUGUAACAAGUCAAAUUUUGGCGGAACAUUGCAACUUUAAUGUGUUCUCAAUGAUGAACUUAAAAGUUAGUUUUCAUACAA